AUGAAGAUUGUUAUCAUUGGCGGGGGCAUCUCUGGAUGUGCGGCGUAUCUGGAAUUGAGAAAACAUCUGCCUAAACCUCCCCAGCCCGACAAGCAACACGAGAUCACCAUCUACGAGGCCUAUGAUACUAGUAUCGACACUACUCCUGAAGACCGUGAUGGAUCCACGCAUUCCUCCACAUUGGUCGUCGGUGGUGGAUUGGGUGUCGCGCCAAAUGGACUCGGAGUUCUGAAGCGCCUGGACGAGAAUCUCCUGCGGGAUAUCGUUCGUGGAGGAUAUGCCAUCGCGCACCAGGAUCUCCGGGCCAAAAAUGGGGUUCUUCUUAUGAGCAUUGACUCCACGGGAAACCCUGAUGCCGAUGGUAAUCGCAUGCAUCUUCUCGGGACAAGUCGCCACUCCUUGUGGAAGAACCUGCGUCUGCGUAUCCCCAAUAGCGAUAUCAUGACCAAGCGAGUAUCAAAGGUGGUUGCCCGUCCAAAUGGGCGAAACGUAGUUCAUUUCGAAAACGGUAGUCCGUCGGUUGAGGCGGAUUUGGUAAUUGGUGCAGAUGGAAUCAAAGGCGUCACCAAACACGCCCUGUUUCCCCAAUAUAAAGAAGAUCUCUACGCACCUCAAUAUCAGGGACUUGUAGGGGUCGGUGGGUUUCUCCCCGUCGAAGAGACCCAAGAUCUUGUCCAAGCCGGCACGAUGAAUUUGGUUUUUGGUGGAAAUGGAUUUUUCGGGUACUUCUUCAUGGAGAGCUCGCCAUCUGCACCUGACCGUGACUCUCCAUACCAUGUUUCAGCACCGGGGGGGUCUCUGGGAUGGUGGUCGACAUAUGCAGUAGACGAGUGUCCGGAUCCCAAAAGCUUGGAUAUGGGAGCGGUCUCGCGGCAAUUAAGAGAGCGGCAUGAAAACUGGAAGGACCCUGUCAUUCGAACGAUUCUGCGUUCUCUUCACGUCAGCAACAUGUACCCUACCUGGACCUCCCCCCAACUUCCAACGUGGCAAAGUGACGGGGUUGUCCUUGUGGGAGAUGCAGCUCACGCUCUUCCUUCUACCUCGGGACAAGGCUCGUCUCAAGCUCUGGAAGAUGUCGAGGCAUUCAUUCUGCUGCUCAGCCAUCAUCUCCGCGAAGUGGAUCACAGCCACUCCCCUGAUACCAUGGCCUACAAGAACAUUAUCACAACAGCCGCAAAGCAGUACAUGGAAAUGCGCCAGCCACGGAUUCAGAGGAUACUGGAAUCUGCACAGCAAAUGCAGAACAGUAAGCGAAAUAUGGGAGUCCUUGCAGAGUAUGCGAUGUACUGUAUGAUGUGGAUCGCCGGGUUUUUCCCAAGUAUGCUGACGAAAUCGGUCCAGGAGGUGUUUAACUACAAUGUGGCUGAGGAUGUUGAAAAUACCAUCAGUUCUUCCACUCGAAAUUUCUAA